GACUCGAUCUGGUUGUUUAUUAUGUCAAGAAAAUAAUCAGCUCACCUCAUCUGAAUGAAUGAGCUGCAACUUUGAACAGUCCCUGUAUGCGAUUCGAAUGGAUGCCGCCCGCGUUGAUUAGCGCCGAUAGCACAUCUACGGAACACGCACCGCCAAGCAUAUUCAUUGUCUACAGCAUUCCUGCUCUGCUCCUUUUCUGUGUGAUUUUCAUCAUCAAAUGGAGGCCAUGCUAUGAAUUUACGGGCAUACCACAUUGUUUACGGUGGUACCUAUACUGCUGUAGCAAGGAGACGCUUAAAGAAAUGCAAAGCGUCGACCGCGAAAGAAUUCUUGUCAUUGACGCUGAGAGCCUUGCCUCAUCGUCAUUCUAUGAAUCUCCUCGAAUGCCAUUGAAAAAGCGUAAUUCGAUUGAACUUUGCUCAGCUGGAGAAUGCCAGCCCUCUAUAACAACGAUACAUGAUUAAAUUUUCUCAUUUUAUAUAUGUACAUUGUUUGUUCGUUAUAAAAUAUUUUGAUA